UGUUUUGUGUUUGCUGCGAUUAUUAAGUAUUUUACCUUUAGUGACAAUUUACACUAAGCUGAUUAUACUGAGUAGUCUUGGUUGUUCGCUGUGAGAAUGUAUGAUUAUGUAUUUUCUUUUAUGAAAAACUGCAUUAUUUAUAGAACAGCUGUAUUUGUUAUUUGAGCCAUCUCAGUAUUAAAGACAUUUCUGAUAAACAUUAAUUUCAACAAUAUUUGUGAAUUAUAGUUAAGACAUUCUGAAGUGUUGAAACCUAAUUACAAUGGAGUCAGAAAUAGCAUCUGACCUUCCAAGUGGUACUGGAGGAGGCUCAUCAGCUUCGGGCAGUGUAGUCGCAGAAGAAGGAGAUGCAGCAGAGUUCUUAGAAGAUGAUGAAUCACAGGCUGACUUCCUAUCAGCAGAAGAGAUUGAUUUACUGGUAGAGAAAAUUAAAAACUAUACAACAUUGUACGAUUUGAGAAUGGAAGAUUUCGAUGCUGAGGUUAUUGAAAUAAUCAAGAAGUUUUUAACAACACCCAAUGAGGACAUCUUAACUAUUUUCUAUGAUGAAGACACACUUGUAGCAUCACUAGGUUUCCCAGAGAUAGAGUUCGACGACAUCAUGUAUUUCUUAAAAGAGGAGGACGAGAAUGGAGCCAUAAAACAGCUCACUUCGGAAAAUUUCUCCACCUCCAUCAUGUUUGGUACAAUGGAUUCCCCAGUGGAGGGAUCUAUCCUGAGAAUAUUUGAGACUUUGUACUGUCCUAUCUUUGUCAACACUACCACUUGGCCUGACAGUGUGAAGGGUGACUUUUGUUCAAAUCUAGACACAUUUCUAAGUCACCUGACUGAGCUUAGAUACAAGAUAGCUGGCUUGACAGCCAUCUAUGUGCCUAGGGCUGCUGUCAACAUCCCCUUCAAUGUGGCAAUCAGGGACAAGCGGUUUAUCAGGAGAAUAGAAGGAGGAAGAGUCCCAACUCGUAACACGAUUAUGUUAUGGGUGAGUAACUUCAGAGCUACCGGUUCAGCCUUAAAACGUAAGUCGACUGAACGUCCAAAGUCAGCCCGGACACCAGAGAAUAUCGAUCGAGUGAGAGAAGCGGUGGAAGCCAGUCCUCGGCGGCCGGCCCGUAAACAAGCUGCUGCUUUACGCAUGUCUGACCGCUCGAGAAAUCGUUUAGUGCGCCGGAGGAUGUGGUUCCAGCAGGAUGGGGCAACUUCACAUACAGCCAAUGAGGUGAUGGACUUCUUGAGAAACAUUGUAAUUGAUUGGACUUGCCAGAUCCAAGUAGCCCUAAAUGAUCAAGACCAGUCAAGACCAUAUAACAUGUUUACACCCAUUGAUGAGUUUGAGUUCUGGAAGUAUAGAUAUGAGAACUUGUGUGGUAUCAAAGCACAGUUAGAGAACGAUGACCUAAUUCGCAUCACUCACAUGUUGAAAGCAAAUCAGUCUGCUCAUAUUGACAGAUUUGAGGAAGUAAUCAGUCAUAUUGAGCAAGCACUGUUAGAGGCCAAGUCCAAUGUUGAAUACCUCCAGAUACUGGACGAGCCCUGCAAAGAGUUUGAACUGGUCGAGUCGCCUGCUAAGGGCAUUGAGUUGAUACCCAAUAUAUUGUUCCUGAUGAGGGUUAUUUGUAAACGUUCACCAUACUACAAUACUGAGAAAAAGUUUGUCUCUCUAUGCAUGGGACUGAGCAACCAACUGAUUUCUCUAUGCACUAAGUUCAUAGACAUGAACGUAAUGUUCAGUGGAAAGUCCCAGGCUGCCAUGAAGAUGUUCAAUAUGUGCAUCAAGUCUUGUCAAGAUUAUAAAAAAAUAUUUGUCAGAGCAUGCAGCUAUCCUAAUGAGGGAGAAGGACAAUUAGCCAGAUACCCGCAGAUAUUCAACAAGGUGGACACCUUCAUACAACGCUGCCAGGAUACGGUUGAGGUCUGCGAGGCCAUGAUUGUUUUUGGAAGAAUGGACGAGACCAUUGUGAUUGACAAACCAUCGUUUGCCCUUGCUCGAGCAGCUGAGUUUGAAUCAGUUUGUGAUUCAAUUGAAUCAAGGUUCAAGACCAGUUUGAAGAAAAUUGAGAAUGACCAAGACAUGAUUUUUGAUGUGAACUCAUCCACCUGGUAUGAAAGUAUCUUACAAUUUCGACGGGAAAUGAAAGAACUGGAGGUGAUGGUAGAGAACCUGCUAGCAGAAGUAUUUGUGACUAUCAACAAUGUCACCGAGGGCAUUGAUGUCCUUCAAAACAUGUAUCAGUAUUCGAAACGCAAAGAUUUGGCCUCUGAAUUUGAGAAAAGAACAAUUAAGGUGUUUAAACUGUUCGCAACAGAGAUCCAGGAGACUCGCAGGGAACUGGUGGAGGAUAAGAGGCAGCACCCUAUGGGGCUGCCAAGGUACGCAGGCCGAGCUCUCAUGGCCAUCCUAAAGAGAAAUCGUCUCAAGACACUCAUGAGGACAGUGAACGAGGCGCAGUGGCUGAUGUAUUGCCCAAUAGAGGAAGAUGUGCGCAGCCAAUACAAGAAGCUGAUGGCCACACUGAGGGAUACAGUGAUGGGACACCACCGACGCUGGAUGGGCUUCACGUCACCUGAUAUCUCGCGUCGAUUCAUGCGACCAUUGCUGACCUGGUCCACCAAGCGUCCUGGUCUGCUGGAAGUCAAUAUUGACAGGAAACUGUUAAAAACAUGCCAAGAGGCCAAACUGUGGCAACACAUGGACUUUCGAGUUCCAGCUCAUAUAGACAUGGUCAUGGAGAAGUAUCCUCAGCUGAUGCUGCUCUUCAGAAAUGUGGAAGCAGUCAUGAUGGAUUAUAAUAGGAUAAUAUCAGCUUUGUCAGACCAAGAACGCAUGCUCUUCCGGGAACUGCUCAAGUUAUGCAGUCGCAAGAUCAUGCCUGGACUUACCAAGCUGACAUGGAUUACUGACAUGGCUGAUGUGUACGUGUCAGAUUGCAGUACCCACCUGGAAUGUGUGCGUAACCACGCUUUGCAGAAGUUUGUGGAUGACUACAAGAACUGCAAUGUAGAGGUGGUGAAACUGUGUGAGAAGAUUUGUGAUACUCCAUUGAUCGAUAUUCCUUUACAUGACCCGUUCAUGUUGAAAGAACUGGUUCAGGUUAUGGCAGACUACAGGUACUCGACAACCAAACAGCUAGUUGAGUAUUACAAUCAGAUCUUCAAAUAUCUGGUUGUUGUUUAUGAAGGCUUUGAAACAAACAUGCCUGCUAUGAAGACACACUGGUUGCUGUAUGUGGAGAAGAUGGACAGGCUGGUGGAGGAAGCAUUCCGACUGUGUGUCAAGUGUUCUCUGCAGAGUCUGCUAGACCACCUGGUGGGUGACGGGACCGCUGGCCCCACUCCACUAAUCGUGGUGGCCACUUUCCUCAAGAACAACAAGAUUGUCUUCAGCCCAACACUUGAGCAGAUAUUUGCCAUGAGUAAGAAUAUCCUACCGGAGCUGGUGGUCUGUCUGAAGCCCUUCCCUCGUCUGAUGGACAAGUUCCACCUCCACCAGAGGAUCAAGAAGGUGCCCUAUGCCAUUAUCAUUGAUGCAGACAGUGAAUGCCGCAAGCUGCAAGCUGACAUUGAGAAAGAGGUGGAGUUAGCGAUGGGUGAGCUCAGACAGUGCUUGAAGCAAUGGGAGCCGCUGCGAGAGAUUUGGGAGACAGACAGGGACCUCUUCAUGGCCCGUUAUGAGAAAGCUAAUCCCAGUGCUGAGGCUUUCAACAAUGAUAUUGGCAAGUAUGAGCAGUUUGGUAUGCAAAUAAAUCAGAUGGACUCUGAGACACAUGCCAGAUUCUUUAUGAUCAAUUCCCAGUUUCUGAAGGAAGACGUGAUGGGUCACUGCGACCAAUGGCAGAGCCGAUUGUGCCAGUUGCUGUUCAACAUUGUCUGUGACCAGAUAGAGUCCAUGUACAAGUACACUAUUGAAAAUGGAAAGAGGGUAAAUGUUGCACCCAAGACACUAAAGGAGAUGGUUGAGUUUGUUGAAUACCACAAACAGAUGAAACAGGAGGUUCCCGUCAAGGAGGCUGAGUUUCCAUUAAUUAGUGAUGCCAUGUAUGUUGUGUGGCAAUACAUAGGGGAUGCAGUGCCUCCACUGAUGCAAACCAGACAUGAAGGAUUGCCGGAACAGUGGAAAAAGUACUUGAAGAACUUGGACGAUGCUGAGGAGAUGUUGGGUAUCAGUCAGGAACACUUCCGCACUGGUUUAUUGGAAGAAGCGGAAACUUUCAAGAUAGAUGCUGCUGAAUUAAAUGAGAAGUUUCUCCUUAACGGACCAUUCACAUCUGAUUUUACUUCUGAAGGGGCUCUCAAGAUGCUGGCUGAGUUAAAAGCUCAAUUGGAGGCAAUGUAUGCUAAAGAGAAACAGCUGACUGAAGAUCUGAGCGUUUUUAAUAUAGCCAUGCCACCAAACUAUGAACUGCGAAGGCUUGAAAAAAAUCUGAACUGGUUGAUACUCGUAUGGGAGCUGACAUACGAGUGGGACAUGGCCUGGCAGAGCUACAAGACUGGGGUAUUCUGGGACAUCAAGACUGAGGACAUGGAGAUCACGGCUCAGACCUUGUAUAAGCGAUUUACAAACCUUGUAAAGGAUCUGAGAGACAAGAACUGGGAGAUAGUGGAACACUCGAGGCGACGAGUGGAUGCUUUCCGCAGAGUGCUUCCACUCAUCACAGAUCUCAAGAACCCAGCAAUGAGGAAGCGACACUGGGACAGGGUCAGGGUUGCCAUCAACAGAGAUUUUGAUGAAAACUCACCAGAGUUCACGCUUGAACUGAUCAUUGGUAUGAACAUGCAAGAUCAUGCUGAUGCUAUCAAAGAAAUUUCUACCGCAGCAUCUGCUGAGCUCAAUAUUGAAAAUGGCCUGAAAGCCAUUCGAGAAACAUGGGAGAAGAUGGCACUGGACAUGGUUAGCCACAAGGACAGGGGUGUCUACAGGCUCAAAGGGGUGGAUGAUAUCUUCUCCACUCUGGAGGAGAACCAGGUCCUGCUCAGUGCAAUGAAGUCCACCAGAUAUGUGCAACCAUUUGUGCAUGAAGUGGACUAUUGGGAGAAAGCACUUUCCCUCAUCAUGGAGGUUUUAGAGGGAGUUCUUAAUGUGCAGAGACAGUACCUUUAUCUAGAGAACAUUUUCACUGGUGAAGAUAUUCGUAAGCAGAUGCCUCAGGAAACGAAUGAGUUUGAUUGCCUGACUGAUGAGUGGAUAAUCAUAACUUCUCGCAUGUAUCAAGAUGGUCUAGCACUCUCAGCAACCCACCAUCCAGGGCUGUUGGAAAUCCUGAACAAGAUGUUCGAAAAGAUGGAGUCCAUCCAGCGAGCACUGGAGCAGUACCUGGAGACCAAGAGGCACAUCUUCCCCCGCUUUUACUUUAUCUCGAAUGAUGCCCUUCUUGAGAUCCUUGGCAACUCUAAGAAACCAGAGCUAGUUCAGCCACACUUCAAGAACCUCUUUGACAAUGUCAACAAAGUCAUCAUGGGGAAAAAUGCGCAAGGGAAGAUAGAAGGCACUGCAAUGCAGUCGGCUGAAAAUGAAGUUGUAGAAUUUUCCAAUCCAGUCCUUCUGGAAGGUCCUGUAGAACUUUGGCUUUGCACUCUCGAGGAUGUGAUGAGAGUAACACUCCGUAACUUGCUUAAAGUCGUCAGACUGGCUCUGAAGAAAAACCUCAAUGACCGAGACAAGUGGUUCAAAGAGUGGCCUGGUCAGAUGGGCAUCACGUCCAGUCAGAUUCAAUGGACAGUGGAUUGUUCACGGACAUUGCGGAUUUGCAAAGUUGUAGAGAAUAAAUCUGCCCUGAAAAAAUUGAAAAAGAAACAGAAUGCAUUUUUAUCAAAGUAUUCUGAUGCUAUAAGAAGCAAUUUGGCAUCACUUCAGAGACUCAAGGUAGUACAACUUGUUACAAUUGAGAUCCAUGCCAGAGAUGUUAUUGAGAAGCUGUACAAAAUGAAUUGUAUGGAUGUGACAGCAUUUGAGUGGCUGUCUCAAUUGCGUUUCUACUGGCACCAAGAAAUUGAUGAUUGUAUCGUGCGACAGACCAACACCUACUUCACUUAUGGCUACGAGUACCUGGGCAACCCUAACCGGCUAGUGGUCACCCCCCUCACUGACAGGUGUUUUAUCACACUGACAACAGCUCUACACCUGCAUCGUGGAGGCAGUCCCAAAGGUCCUGCAGGCACUGGGAAGACUGAGAGUGUCAAGGACUUAGCGAAGGCACUUGGUUACUAUGUCAUCGUCAUCAAUUGUUCUGAGGGGCUUGACUACAAAAGCAUGGGACGCACUUUUUCAGGUUACGCCCAGACUGGAGCAUGGGGGUGUUUUGACGAGUUCAACCGGAUCAAUAUUGAAGUGUUGUCUGUGGUGGCACAGCAGAUACUGUCCAUCCUGUCAGCACUCGCUCAGGGCUUAAAGAAGUUUGCGUUUGAGGGCAUUCUCAUUAACUUGGUGCCCACUUGCGGCAUAUUCAUUACCAUGAAUCCAGGGUAUGCGGGGCGUACAGAACUGCCUGAUAACCUCAAAUCUAUGUUCCGCCCAAUAUCCAUGAUGAUUCCAGACAGUGUUAUCAUCGCUGACAUCACUCUCUUUGGUGAGGGCUUCCGAGAUGCCCGGACACUGGCAAAGAAGGUGUACACCUUAUUCUCACUGGCUAGGCAGCAGCUCAGUAAACAAGACCACUACGACUUUGGGCUACGGGGAAUGGUAGCCCUGCUCAGAUAUGCUGGGAGGAAACGGCGACAGCAUGCUAACAUGCCUGACGAAGAGGUGGUACUGCUUGCAAUGAGAGACAUGAACUUGGCCAAGCUAACCUCUGAUGAUCUUCCGCUGUUUAAUGGCAUCACUUCCGAUCUCUUCCCUGGAGUUGUCCUUUUCCCCAUUGACUACAGUGUCAUGGUUACAGCCAUCAAGCAGGAGAUGCAGCAGCACUCAUUACAGACAAUAGAGAUAGCCAUCAACAAAGUGAUCCAGCUGUAUGAAACCAAGACGUCACGCCACUCAGUGAUGAUAGUGGGCAAGACCGGAGCAGCCAAGAGCACCACUUGGAAGAUGCUCAAAGGCUGCAUGGGCCGACUCAAGGCAGCUAAUGUUCCUGGGUACGAGUCUGUUACGGAGUACCCAAUCAAUCCUAAAGCACUCAACCUGGGAGAGCUCUACGGAGAGUACAAUCUGGCCACUAACGAAUGGUUGGAUGGAGUCUUGUCGGCUAUCAUGAGGAAGACUUGCGCAGAUGAAGGCAGUGAUGAGAAGUGGAUACUGUUUGAUGGUCCAGUAGAUGCUGUCUGGAUAGAGAACAUGAACAGUGUCAUGGACGACAAUAAGGUGUUAACACUGAUUAACAGUGAGCGGAUAACGAUGCCUCCUCAGGUAUCACUGCUGUUUGAAGUGGAAGAUUUGGCUGUAGCCUCACCGGCCACUGUGUCUCGGUGCGGCAUGGUGUACAACGACUACAAGGAUUUUGGUUGGGAACCCUAUGUCUCAUCUUGGCUCAGUAGUUACACUAACAAAACUUAUGUUACCACUAUGGCAAAGAACUUUGACACAUACGUGGGGCCCAUGCUGGAGUUUGUACGGCUGCAAUGUGACCAGAUAGUGGUGAUACCGGAACUGAGUGCCGUGGCAGCUUUGUGCAAGCUGUUGGCCAUCUUGACCACUGAGGAGAAUGGAUUCGUUGCCGAUCCUCCUGAAAUCACACAGUAUGAGUACUACGCCCGGCUCUGGUUUCUGUUCUGCAUGAUCUGGUCGCUGUGCGCUGGAGUGAAUGAAUCAGGUCGCAGGAAAGUGGACACCUACAUUCGGGAGAUGGAGGGAGUGUUUCCACUCAAGGACACUGUUUACGAGUACUUUGUGGAUGUAAAGACACAGAACUUUGUCAGCUGGGAGGUGGAGUUGUCCUCCUCCUGGAGAUAUGAUCCCGAACUACCAUUUUUCAAGAUUGUGGUGCCAACGGUGGACUCUGUACGUUACGAGUACUUCACAUCAAAACUGCUAGCAGCACAUCACCCUGUGCUGCUGGCGGGGGUGGUUGGCACAGGAAAGACCUCCACAGCACAAUCAGUGCUACAGCGGCUUGACGACACCAAGUACUCUUUGCUUGCCAUCAACAUGUCUGCUCAGACAACUUCAAUAAAUGUUCAAGACUUUAUUGAAAGCAGAGUGGAGAAACGGACAAAAGGAGUAUAUGUACCUGUUGGAGGCAAGACAAUGAUAACAUUCAUGGAUGACUUCAACAUGCCAGCCAAAGAGACAUACGGGGCUCAGCCUCCAUUAGAGUUGAUCCGCCAAUGGCUUGACUAUGGCUUUUGGUACGACAGGCAGAAACAGACCCAGAAGUUUAUCAAGGGUAUGUUAUUGUUGAGUGCUAUGGGACCACCCGGGGGAGGCAGGAACCAUAUCAGUGACCGGUUGCUUAGCCGUUUCUGUACGAUCAACAUGACAUUCCCUGCUGAAGCUCAGAUCAUCCGAAUUUAUGGAACCAUGCUCUCUCAACAUCUGCAAUUUUUUGAUGAACUCGUCAAGCAUUCUUGUGAAUCACUAACUGGUAUGACGAUUGAAGUAUACAACAAUGUUGUUGCCAAAAUGCUCCCCACUCCAGCAAAAAUGCACUAUUUGUUCAACUUGCGAGACAUAUCGAAGAUAUUCCAAGGCCUGUUGAGGAGUAACAAGGAAAAUCUGAAUACCAAAAUAGCCUUUCUUCGACUGUGGGUUCAUGAAAGUUUUCGUGUCUUCAGCGAUCGACUUAUUGAUGAAAGUGACCGUGACUGGUUCAGGAAUGAAAUUAACAGCCAACUUGGGAAACAUUUUGAUACAACUUUCAACAACAUAUGUCCUUCAAAGUCUCCACCAAUAUUUUGUGAUUUUAUGAAUGCAUACAGCUUGUAUGAGGACAUAACCGAUAUGACAGCACUGCGUGCACAUGUGGAGCGACAGAUGGAUGAAUACAACGUUUCCCCUGGCGUGGUGCGCAUGGACCUGGUGCUGUUCAAGGAUGCAGUAGAACACAUCUGUCGUAUAGUCCGUGUCAUCUCACAGCCACGUGGCAAUAUGCUGCUUGUCGGAGUCGGGGGCAGUGGGCGGCAGUCACUCUCUCGUAUAGCUGCAUGGUUGUGUCAGCUAUCUACUUUCCAGAUAGAGAUCACCAAGAACUACCGCACUGGCGAGUUCAGAGAAGACCUCAAGGGCCUCUACCAGUCCACAGGGGUCAGGGACGCCCCCACCUCUUUCCUUUUUAAUGACACACAGAUUGUGGAAGAAAAUUUCCUGGAAAUUAUCAGCAAUGUCUUAAGCAGUGGAGAAAUAGCCAACUUGUUCAAAAAUGAGGAGUUUGAUGAGAUCCGCAACUCACUUGCAGAUGUGGCCAAGCGUUAUGGCAUAGUACCCACUCCUGAGGCCAUGUACUCAUUCUUCAUUGAGAGAGUCAGAUCUAACCUCCACAUAGUUCUGUGUAUGAGCCCCAUUGGAGAUGCUUUCAGGGUUCGCUUGAGACAGUACCCUGCCCUCAUCAAUUACAUGACAAUAGACUGGUUCAUGGAUUGGCCUAAGGAUGCUCUGCUGGAGGUGGCCAACAAGUUCCUUCUGUCUGUGGACAUGCUGGUGACCAUCACAGGAGAGCCCAGGGAAUAUGAUGAAAAGCUGUAUAUUGGAACAACAAAACAGGAGGUGCUGCAGCAGUCGGUGGCCUUCAUUUUUGCCACCAUCCACGAUUCUGUGUCACGUUACUCUUACACCAUGCUACUGGAGAUGAAGCGCCACAAUUAUGUCACACCCACCAACUACCUGGAACUUGUCACUGGCUACAAGCAAAUAUUGGCUAAAAAGCGGAUGGAAGUUGCAAGUGCAGCAAAUAAGCUGAGGAACGGGCUUUUUAAAAUAGAUGAGACCAAAAUCAAAGUUCAAGAGAUGUCAGUAGAAUUAGAGAAGGCUACUGUCCAAGUGAAUCAAAUGAACCAAGAGUGUGACGAGUUUCUGGCAAAGAUUGCAAUACAGAAGAGGGAGACAGAUGAGCAGCAGAAGACUGUGGCUGCCAACACUAUCCUCAUUAAGGAGGAAGAGGCUGAGUGUCUCAAGAUCAAGGACAGUGCAGAGGCCGACCUACAGGAGGCCAUGCCUGCCCUAGAGGAGGCUAUGCAGGCUCUGGACGCUCUCAACAAGAAGGACAUCACUGAGGUUCGCUCAUAUGGACGACCUCCAGGCAAGGUGGAGCUGGUAAUGGAGGCUGUCAUGAUACUCAAGCAAGUUGAGCCUACUUGGGCAGAAGCCAAAAGACAGUUGGGUGAUGUGAACUUCCUAAACCAGCUGAGGGAUUUCGACAAGGACCAUAUCUCAGAAAAGACUUUAAAGAAGAUUGCUGCAUACACUUCCCAUGAAGACUUCAAGCCUGACAUCGUGGGAACUGUAUCGAACGCUGCUAAAUCUCUGUGUCAGUGGGUCCUGGCCAUAGAGAAAUACGCAAAAAUUUACAAGAUCGUAGCUCCCAAGAAAGCUCGGCUGGAUGAGGCCAUGGCCUCUUUAAAAGCCAAACAGGACAGCCUGGCAGCUGCUCAAGCGAAGGUGGCAGAACUACAAGCCAUCCUGGACAAGCUUAAGGCUGACUUUGACGAGAAACUGGCCAUGAAGGAAGAGCUCAGGCAGAAGGCAGAGCUGCUGGCGCUGAAGCUGGAGCGGGCCGGGCAACUAGUUGAUGGACUGUCUGGGGAAAGGUCUCGUUGGGAGCAGACCGUAGCGAACCUGGACCAACAGUUUGACUUCCUACCUGGAGACUGUCUGCUGGGUACUGCUUACAUCUCGUACAUGGGACCAUUUGUGUCUGUGUACCGUGAUCAGCUGCUCAAAGUCUGGUCAGAGUCGAUAAAAGCGACAGAGGUACCAUUUUCACCAGGGUUCAGCGUAGUGGAGUUUCUAUGUGACCCGACAACAAUCCGUGAGUGGAACAUCCAAGGGCUGCCUACAGACAGCUUCAGCACGGAGAACGGUAUCAUCAUCACACGAGGCACACGGUGGCCACUCAUCAUAGAUCCACAGUGUCAAGCGUGGAAGUGGAUCCGCAACAUGGAGGGGCCCAAGGAUCUGCAAGUGGUGGACUUUGGUACCCAUCAUUACAUGAAGGUGGUGGAGCUAGCACUGAGAGCAGGCUGGCCCGUGCUACUGCAGAACGUCAUGGAGGUCUUGGAUCCCUCCAUCAUGCCAAUACUAAACAAGGCUAUUGUACAACAGGAUGGCGAGUGGUACAUGAAGCUGACAGACCGAUACGUUCCAUACAACCACAAUUUCCGUUUCUUUAUCACAACAAAGCUUAACAAUCCACAUUAUCCACCGGAAAUUUCCACAAAAACAACACUUGUGAACUUUGCCAUCAAGGAGGAAGGAUUGGAAGCCCAGCUUCUGGGCAUCGUUGUACGUAAGGAGAAGCCUCAACUGGAGGAACAAAAGGAUUCAUUGGUGCUGAACAUUGCUGAGGGCAAGAGGACUCUGAUCAUUCUGGAAGAUGAAUUACUCAGAUUGCUCAGUGAGAGCAAGGGUUCUUUGCUGGACAAUAUAGAGCUGCUGACAACACUGCAGACCUCCCAGGCCACCUCGGCAGCCAUCAAAGUGCAACUAGAAGACUCUGUGGUCACUGAGGUUGAGAUAGACACUGCCAGAGAGGGCUACAGACCUUGUGCAAAGCGAGCCUCUAUCCUGUUCUUUGUGCUCACCGACAUGGCUAGGAUAGACCCCAUGUACCAGUUCUCUCUGGACUCCUACAUCUCCUUAUUCAACAUGUCUAUAGACAAGAGCAAGAAGACUGAAGUGCUCGAAGAUCGCAUCAUCAACCUGAAUGACUACCACACUUAUGCUGUUUACAGGAACACUUGCCGGGGACUGUUCGAACUCCACAAGCUACUGUUCUCGUUCCACAUGUGUAUAAAGAUCCUGGAUGCCGAGGGGAAGAUUAACUAUCAUGAAUACAUGUUUAUGCUGAAGGGAGGAGUUGUGCUGAACAGGGAUGAGCAACCAGACAAUCCUUGUCCAACCUGGCUGCCAGACUCUGCGUGGGACAAUAUCACAGAGAUGGAUAAGCUGGCAGGGUUCCAUGGAGUCACAGACUCAUUCGAUCAGUUCCCUCGUGACUGGAAAGAGUGGUACUUGGCAGAAGAGCCAGAGUCCUUGCCUCUUAUUGGUGAGUGGCAGGACAUCUGUACAGAGUUCCAGCGAAUGUUGUUUGUCCGCUGUCUGCGUCAGGACAGGCUGUCCUUCUGCAUUUCGUCCUUCAUUGUCAGUUACCUUGGACCCAAGUUUAUUGAGCCGCCGGUACUGGAUGUCAAGUCUGUUUUGGACGAUUCCACUGCUCGCAUCCCACUCAUCUUCGUGCUGUCACCUGGCGUAGACCCCACCACCAUGCUCAUCAGCUUGGCCGAGGCCAACAAUAUGGCCUCCCGCUUCUUCUCUCUCUCCCUCGGCCAAGGACAAGCUCCCAUUGCUACCAAAUUGAUAGAGAAAGGAAGAGAAGAAGGUGACUGGAUAUUUCUAGCCAAUUGUCACUUGUCUCUGUCAUGGAUGCCGGCUCUGGACAAGAUUGUUGAGAAUUUGCAGUCUGGCAAACCGCACAAAGAUUUCAGGUUAUGGCUGAGCUCAAGUCCACACCCAGACUUCCCCAUAUCCAUCUUGCAGUCUUCUAUCAAAAUGACAACUGAACCACCAAAGGGUUUACGAGCCAAUAUGAAACGUCUGUACAACUUGGUGAGUGAAACACAGUUUGCCGUCUGCCAAAGCCAGACUAAGUACAAACGACUUCUCUUCUCUUUGUGUUUCUUCCAUUCCAUUCUUCUAGAGCGGAAAAAAUUUCAACAGUUGGGCUGGAACGUUGUAUACAGCUUCAAUGACUCAGACUUUGACGUAUCAGAGAAUUUGCUUGCCAUCUACCUUGAUGAGUAUCCAGACACUCCAUGGGAUGCCCUGAAGUACCUUAUCGCUGGAGUCAACUACGGAGGUCAUGUCACCGAUGACUGGGACCGAAGACUUCUUACCACUUACAUCAAUCAGUACUUUAAUGAGGGUGUUCUUACAUCACAAUUUUAUAGGUUAUCAAGUCUACCUAAAUACUAUAUUCCACGUGAUGGGAGUCUACAGUCUUACAAGGACUACAUUAUCACGUUGCCUGCUGUGGACCAGCCACAAGCAUUUGGACAGCACCCUAACGCAGACAUCACAUCACUCAUCACAGAGUCUCGGCUGCUGUGCGAGACACUCAUGUCACUCCAGGUGCAUAGUGGCGGUGCCCAAGAAACCAACAAGGAAGAUGAUGUCAUGACGAUCUCGACUGAAGUCCUGCAAAAGAUUCCAGAUCCAAUAGACUAUGAGACAACCGAAAAACUUAUUGGUGCCAAGAAAACCCCCUUGGAUGUUGUGCUACUGCAGGAGAUAUCGAGAUACAACAUUCUGCUGAUUUCCAUGAAAGACAGCCUCCAAGAACUGCAGAAGGGAAUUCAAGGUCUGGUUGUCAUGUCAUCAGAGCUGGAAGAGAUCUUCACCUGUAUUUACGAGGGGAGGGUGCCUUCACCUUGGCUCAAAGCCUACUCAUCUGUGAAGCCUCUGGGAUCUUGGACUCAUGACUUGAUGCUGCGGGUGGAGCACUUUGCUACGUGGGCUGGCACUACGCAUGCUCCCUUACUGUUUUGGUUGGCUGCAUACACCUUCCCCACCGGCUUCCUUACGGCAGUGCUUCAGACAUCAGCCAGACAGCUGGGCAUCUCAGUGGAUCUGCUAGGGUGGGAUUUCACUCCACAGGCACUCCCUGAGCGAGAUAUACAGCUGCCGCCUGCAGAAGGGGUCUAUGUGAGAGGGAUGCACCUAGAAGGAGCAGGUUGGGACCAAAAGAAGUUAUGUCUUUGUGAACCAUCCCCUCUCCAGCUGGUAUGCCCAAUGCCUGUCAUACUCUUCAAGCCAUGCGAGGUUACCAAGAAACGCUCCAAAGGCAUGUAUACCUGUCCAGUUUACUACUACCCAGUAAGAGCAGGAGGGCAGAGCAGGGAGUCAUUUGUAGUGGCUGUUGACCUUAAGGGGGGUUCAGAAGAAGCGGACCACUGGAUCAAACGUGGCACUGCUAUGCUUCUUAGCCUGGCCAACUAGUACACGAGUUUUCCACUACUAAUGAUAAAUCAUUUUAUUUUAUCUUUAUAACAUUACCAUUGCGCUUUUGUAAAAGUAGUUUAUUUUUUCACAAAUGUUACAUUUUAAAGUUUGAGAUUUACUUUUAUGAAUAAAACUUUUCUAAUAUGUUGUUUCCUUU